CAUUGUAUGCUUUCCAUUGUCAGCAUACAGUAAAAUGUAUUUAUCUCAUGAAAACUGUUGCAACUUGAUAUUUAUAAACAAUUAAAGCCAAUCCAGUUUUGUUACCUUGAGGAUGUUUUGCAAUUGAAGGCACAAAAUUCAUUGGAUUGGAAUGCAACAGCUGUAUAUAGCUUCAUGGAAGGAGUGUUUGGACUGUGAUACAUAACAGGCAGGAAACACGUUUGGACUGUGAUAUAUAUUGGGCAGGAAACACGUUUGGACUGUGAUAUAUAUCGAGCAGAAAACACGUUUGGACUGUGAUAUAUAUUGGGCAGGAAAAACGUUUGGACUGUGAUAUAUAUCGGGCAGGAAAAAUGUUUGGACUGUGAUAUAUAUUGGGCAGGAAAAAUGUUUGGACUGUGAUAUAUAUCGGGCAGGAAAAACGUUUGGACUGUGGUAUAUAUCGGGCAGGAAACACGUUUGGACUGUGAUAUAUAUCGGGCAGGAAAAACGUUUGGACUGUGAUAUAUAUCGGGCAGGAAAAACGUUUGGACUGUGAUAUAUAUUGGGCAGGAAACACGUUUGGACUGUGAUAUAUAUUGGGCAGGAAACACGUUUGGACUGUGAUAUAUAUUGGGCAGGAAACACAUUUGGACUGUGAUAUAUAUUGGGCAGGAAACAUGUUUGUGAUAUAUAUCAGGCAAUAAACACAUUUGAACUGUGGUAUAUAUCGGGCAGGAAACACGUUUGGACUGUGAUAUAUAUUGGGCAGGAAACACGUUUGGACUGUGAUAUAUAUUGGGCAGGAAACUCGUUUGGACUGUGAUAUAUAUCAGGCAGAAAACACGUUUGGACUGUGAUAUAUAUAUAGGGCAGAAAACAUGUUCGGACUGUGAUAUAUAUUGGGCAGGAAACAUGUUUUUGAUAUAUAUCAGGCAAUAAAUACCUUUGGACUGUGGUAUAUAUCAGGCAAUAAACACAUUUGGACUGUAAAUACGAGGUGGAAAAUUUUGACUGUAAACAUUAACAUAUAAAUAAAUUUAUUCCAAAGGACACAUAAACAAAAUAUGCUUUCAAAUUGAAUAAAAACAGUAUUUCUUUUUAACCAAGUUGUUUUCAGGAAAGGCAAGGUUAUCAAACAGAUGCCUAUAAAAUAUACAACAUACAAACUUACAUAAAAAACAUUUUUAAAGGUAACAGUUUGGACUGGAUUGUAAUUCCACCAAAGAAGUUUUAUAACAACUGAGAACUGGUUCUGGACUGGUUAAAAGAGUAGGACCUUCAAUUUUCCAGUUUCAUCACAUGAACAAAAAGGACAAAAACAUUGUGACCAACCCUGACAUGGUGCCUUACUCCCAUAAUCCACCUGGUCAUACCUGUGGCCUUCCUUGCUGCAGUAAGGAUCUUCAAGUUCAUCUUCGUGAACGUAAAACUACGAGAAGUUGUAUCGGAAUUCAGGACCAUGAUAUUCUCGCACAAAAUUUUAUAUUUAAAGGUAAAUUGAAGAAUGGACCAGGGUUGGAAAAUGGCUUCUUUUCAGUCCAAGAAGCAAAAGAAACUCCACAUGCAGAAAUACCAAAAUUUGGAAGUGUAAGAGGUCUUCCAGCUAUUUCUGAAGAGCAGAAAAAUUAUACCUUUCUGAAAGGAAGGGGGAUAACCCUCCCUGAAGCUGAAGAUCCUCAUGCUACUGAAAAACUUUACCUUGAAGAUUUUAACAUAGGAGAAAGUGAUGAUUUGGAGGAUUUUGAAAUCAAAGGUUAUGACAGUGGAAUUGAAACAAUAAGGGAAAAUGAAAUAGACUAUUACAUAACGGUAAAAAGUCCUUUAGAUCCCGAAAAAGGAGUGCCUUAUGACCCUAAAGAUAUUGCAAGCUCACAGAUGUAUCCUUGGGAACUUUUGAAAGACCUUAAAGAUAAUCUAAGUAACAAGACCACAAGUGAAAAAGGUGAUGACAGCUCAAGUUCAAAUUAUUACAGUUCAGGUUCAAAUUAUUACGAAGUCAUUUCCUAUUCUGAUGAAAAGCCCUUAUUGAAAAAGGACAAAAAUGAAACUGCCGUGGUAGGAAAAAAUGAUUCAAAGCAUGAUACAUGUUCACAACAACAACAAAAGGGUUCAAAAACAUUUAUACAAGGAGAACCACUACCUGCAUUACCUCCAAAACCUCCAGUUCAAAAUCAGUUCAACCAUCCACCACUUAAAAAACCAAAUAUGGUCAAACCAGUAGAUUCAUUACAAGUAAUUUCUGACAAUAAUUAUGACAUUCAGAGUGAUAGUGAUUCGUCACAAACCAAGUACAACAUGUACAGUUCAGUAUGCUCAAUAACCGGCAUGGCAAACCAAAUGAGUAGAGAAGCCUAUGAAAGGUUUAUGUCCCUUGACCGUGCUAGUGUCACACAGAAGUCAUACAGAAGAGACAUACGAGAUUUGGACUUUAUGGGUAAUUAUAUGCCAAUAGGAAACAAAAAUUUAGACUUGGCAGUAACAAAGGCGAAACUGAAUCAGUUGUUCAAAGAUAAAAAGGAUACUACAUUAAUGCACAAAGAAGGGAAAAAUAUUAAAACUACAGAAGAAAAUAUUAUAAAAAAUGAUGACAUAUGUAAAGAUGUUAAAAGAAACAGCUUAAAACCAGGGUUUGUUACUGAAGGAAUGGAUCAACUGAAAAAUGAACUGAAAGAAAAAUUAAUGGACAGCGAUCAUUUGAGUCAAAACCCGAGUGAUGAUGAGGAGGAGGAUGAUACUGAUGAUGAAAAUGGCAUUAUUAACCCUGGAUUUAAACACAUCAAUGUUGAUGGAAAAUUUUUAGGCUCAAGGCAUUCACUUGAUCGGGAAAGUAGCUUUGGUGAGGAAAUAUGCGAUAGAUUUCUUCAUUUAUGGGAGUCAGGGGAUGAGGAUUCGGUAAACGAUGAUGAAAUGAAGGUGAUGGAGUUGUUGAAAGAAAGACUCAGAAAUGUAGAUAACACUGAAGGAAGUCCAUCAGGAGAAUCUUUUAAUGACAACCCUGUUACACUAAUACUGUGAAAGCAACUAAUUUUAUGAUGCUAAGCGGUCGCUUUAUUUAAAAUUGGAAAUGGUUCACGAAGUUUCAAAAUUUUCAAAAUUAUGGCCAUCUUGUGAAACAUAUAUGAAUAUUUAUAUAAAAAAAUAACACAUUCUCAGUUAUAAAUUAUAUAGCAAAAAUAAAUCUGUCAUGAAAAGUUGUAAUUUUACAGCACCACAUAAUCAUUCACACAAGUAUAGGAUGUUGUAUUUACUUUGUGCCUUAAUUUUUAAGACUUUUUCAACUCUAUUACUGUAUUAGUUUAAACAUAUUCUUUUGCUUUAUAUAAGAUAAUUUUUAUGUUCUUAAGUCUGCCCCACUAUGAAAUUUCAUAGUUUUGAUCGAAACAGCCAUUCCAUGGGAAUAUGAUUUCCUGGAUUUCAAUUAUUGUAUAUAAGAUAAAUGGGAAUUUUACUACUUUAAUUGAAGGUUGACUCAACCACAAAAUCCACGAAAAUUGGUCCCCAAUGAAUAUUACUAGUAAUUAUUUCACAGUAUGUCAGAUAGUGGAUCUACUACUGUGCCAUUGUGAAAAGCACAUGUUAAAAAAAAUGACAGUAUCAUUACUGAUACAUGGUUGCUUUCAAAUCAAAGCACAUUACAAUGAAAUAAUAUCACUUGCCUGGAAAUAAGUUGCACAAGGAUUACAAACAGUAACGAUUAAGCUUGUGCAUGAAUUAUUUUAGCACUUAGAGGCAAAACAGAACUGUCAGUAAUUAACUUGCAGACAGGACUGAAAGACUUAAUAGGUCUGAUUUACUGUGGUCCUAUAAUAAAGGUCAGUAACUAUACAGGUUAGAACAACAAGCCUUGUUAAGAUAAAGCACAGCCAUUAUUCAUUUUCAGCCAAGUCCUAUUUUAUAUGUAAGUAAUUAUUUCCUCUGAUACAAACUUACUGCAUUUUUGCUGGUCAUAUCCAGUUAGCCAAUGUUGAACAUGGGUUUUGAUUUAAACAGUCACUGUACUGGAUCUGUGUAUAGGCUAAAGCUCGUGCACGAGUUCCUUGACAGUGUACAUCCCACAUCUAGACACCAAUACGCACAGUAAAAGUAUUGCAUUGUACUAAGAGAGGUAACUCUUUCAGCCUGUCUAAAAUAGUCCCGAAGAGUUGCCCAUCCUCAUGGAUACUACAAAGGACCCAGUUUCACAGAUUCUGGCAAGAGAAAACAAAGAACCAUAACUAUGUUCCAGGCUUUUAAAAUAAACAUGAAGAGUUUUCUUUAAGGACAACUCAUCUUAUCAAUCUAAAGAAUCAAAGUUGCAGGUUACUACACAUUGAUACCCGGUGAUACAGCUUUUAUAAGUUAUUGAAAAAAUCAAAACUUUAUAUUUGUGUUUCCCAAUCUGUAAUUUAGUUUUUCUGUCAUGUUUUUAUAUAGCCUUAAUGUUGUUUAAAAUGUUCUUUUAUUUUGUUCUAAAAUAAAAUCGACAGUGAUA